AUGAAAUCACUAAUUAUUUUAGCUUACUUAAUUUAAGGGUUGAAUUCUAACCAAGAAGUUGAUUAUGCUAAUUGCCUUUGGAAUAAUUGCAGAGAUCUUAGAGAAAAAUGUGAUUAAGCUUGUGCAGUUACUGCUGAAGUUGUUUAGAUUAUGUAAUCAAGUGAAUAUUGCGUAACUGGUAAAGAUAGGGUACUUUAUUAUAAAACAUGUGCUGGACUUAUUGCUAAUGCUACUACUGGAGAUGUGCAAUUAUAUUAUAAAUGUCUGGAGAACUGUUUUUCUGCUAUUUUAGGGAUUGCUUUAUUAAUUUAUAUAUUCUGA